AAUAGGUAGUCCAUAAGUUGUUCAGUCGGAACAUAUCCCAAACUCUACAACAUAACUGCCUUGAUAAUCCGCGGCUGUACCUUGAUGUUGGCUACAGCACAGUAUUUGAGCUUGCACAUCUAUUUCCAGAACUCCUCCAACGGCGGCUAUUUUGGAUACCUACCUCAGAUUAAUAGCUUUCCAACAUGGAUCCUCUAAGCAUCACAGCGAGCACUCUAACCGUCAUCCAGUCGUUGCUGGCUACCUUCGAUACCAUCAAACAUAUCAGGGGUUUACCCGCCGCCUUCAGGGAAGUGGGGGAAAGCCUCCCACUCGUCGAGAACACAUUGCAACUCGUGCAUGAAGCGUUGAAAGCCGAGAAGCCAUACGUAGCGGCUGAGAAGGAACUCAUAACCGCACUGUUUGAUUGCCAAAAUCGGGCUUCCACUUUACGCGACAUCUUCAAAGAUAUCGAGGGCGGCAAGAACCAGGAAAAGGAGGCCAAGGAGUGGUCGGCUCUUGCUAAGUUCUAUCACAACAAAAUUGUACCGCUGGGCAAGGCUCACAAAGUCGAAAGCCUGAUGCAGGACAUACUCAAAAAGCUCAAGGUGCUUGCCAUUCGACAGAUAUUCAAGGCAAGUGCGGAGUUGCAGAAGCAGGUCGACAGCCUAGAGGAUGCGAUUCGAUCUUUGUCGGAAGUGGACCCGUCACUCCAAGACUCUGACGUCGAUGCCGCCUCAAACAAUAUCUCAAUGAACAACUACAACAAAGCGAAGGAACUGGUUUCGACAGGCAGCAAUGCGGACAUUGCGAUGGGGGAUAAGUACCACUCAGGCCACAACAUGUAUUUUGCGAAUCAUUAUUAUCAAGCCUCUGGUGCCACCGUGGACCACCCAGAGCUACAUAUUGCCGACUGGCUAAGGCUAGUAUCACGGCCAGUGGAUGUUGCAAGGAUACAAACCGAAACAUUCCAGAUCGCUCUGAAAACUCCCGGUGCAGGGAACGCGAUAAUUCAACGAUCAGCCUUCGAGAGAUGGUAUGCUGGAGAUUUUCGGAAGUUUUGGUGCUAUGGAAUCCGUAUGUUAUCUUCGUUGCAAUUACCUAGACUAAGAACGGAGAUCUGACGGCAAGGCUCUUUUAGCUGGAUCUGGGAAGACCGUUCUUGCAUCUAUUAUGGUCGAUCAUAUUUCCAAGCGAGUGACAAGACACGGCAGC